CUCACACACACGCACGCACAAACAGAGAGCGAGAGAGAGGGAGCCAGAGAGAGAGAGAGAGAGAGGUUAUAUGGCUGGCCACAACAGCAGCCCUCUUCUUUUCAGUUCAUUUAAUUUAUUCUCCCAAAGCAAAAAACAACAACAACAACAACUAAUUUCUCUAGCAUUCUCUGGCCACUGGCUGGCUCAAAACAUCACAACAUUGGUUGGCCGGCACUACAGUGCUGCUUCUGUCUGAUUAACAGGGACCAGAAAAAAAGAGAGAGAGAGAGGGAGGGUGUCAGACAAGAACACGUUCGAUAAACAGUCAGCUUUCUCCUUUCUAAUUGAGAAACCAAGACAGGGUUUGUCUUGUUUUUUCGUUUUAUUUAUUUUUUUUGCAGGGAAGGAACAGAAGACUCUCCUGCUGUGUGGAAUGAGCUGGAGUGGUUGCCGCAGCGUUAGGCCUUGUUUUAUUACAAACAAGCCCUAGGACACAGAAAGGAGUUCCUUGAACUUUGCUCCUGUUUGGACGCACACACAGAUAGCUGUUUCGCUGGAUUUCUGAGCCCCUGAUCAGCUGGGUUUGUUUUUUACAAUCUUCUGGAGAGAGCUGUGUUCGUUGGAGACUAGAAGAAGGCAGUCUUCAGUUACUGCUCUGUUCUGUGGUUCUCAGAACUGACCUGGAAGACAAAAAUUAAACUGAAAAAGGGGAGAGGAAGUUUGGGUUCUUCUCUGCAGUACAACUUUUCAACAACAAACUACAGUGGAAAAAUGGAGGCAGAACUGUUGUCCUUUGUGUUUUUCUGAAGGGAAAAACUUUCGGGGGGAAAAGAAAUUUUUUAAUUUUUGUGGAAAAACAGCCUUUCUUGUUGAGUGAGAAAGGGGUGUAGUAAAGCAAUACUGGCUUCUGUCAGAUUUCAAGAUACUGCUUUCCCCCUCUCACAGAAGGAACUGGUUUGACUCGUUCGUCAGAGUUUGGCUUAACCCUGUUGAACCCUUUCUUGCUUUCGUUCAGUUGAGAGGAACUUUGCCGGGGUAGUGCAAUUUAGUGUAAUUUAUUGUUUCCUGUGAAAAGCAGUUUAUGCCUGUUCCUUACACUGGGAACCUGUUGUGGUUGAACUGCGGAGGUUAGGGGCGGUGAGCUGCAAAGGAGGCUGGCUAAGUGACUGCACUUUGGACCUGGCAAAAUAACUUGGAGCUGCAGAGAACGCCCCCACCUCACCCCAGUUUGGACACGGAGCGGUAUGGCAAUGGUGAGCAGGGGAUGGGGCGACCCAAACGGAGAGACCAACGGCCUGGGAGAGAAGGGCUACGUGCGGGAGGAUGAGGAGGGGUCCCCCCAGGCCGGGGGCAGCGAUGCGGAGGCCGUGGUGGACGACAGGGGCUGUGCGGUGGACUGCGGAGUCUGUGGGGACAAGUCGAGCGGGAAGCACUACGGCGUGUUCACCUGCGAGGGUUGCAAAAGCUUCUUCAAGAGGAGCAUCAGACGCAACCUCAGCUACACCUGCAGAUCAAACCGGGACUGCCAGAUCGACCAGCACCACCGGAACCAGUGCCAGUACUGCCGGCUCAAGAAGUGCUUCCGGGUUGGGAUGCGCAAAGAAGCUGUGCAGAGGGGUCGCAUCCCUCCGUCCCACUUGGGAAUCAGCCCCACAUCCACCCCUGGGGGGGACUUCUUGAACGGGCAGCCGGUCUCGGAGCUCAUCUCCCAGCUCCUGCGGGCCGAGCCCUACCCCAGCGGGCGCUACGGCUCCCAGUACAACCCGCAGCAGGGGGGCAGCGUGAUGGGCAUCGACAGCAUCUGCGAGCUGGCGGCGCGGCUGCUCUUCAGCACCAUCGAGUGGGCGCGCAGCAUCCCCUUCUUCCCCGAGCUGCCCGUGUCGGAGCAGGUGGCACUGCUGCGGCUCAGCUGGAGCGAGCUGUUCAUCCUCAACGCUGCCCAGUCCGCCCUGCCCCUGCACAUGGCCCCCCUGCUGGCCGCGGCCGGCUUUCACUCCUCCCCCAUGUCCGCGGAGCGCGUCGUUUCAUUCAUGGACCAGGUGCGGGUGUUCCAGGACCAGGUGGAGAAGCUGAGUCGCCUGCAGGUUGACUCGGCCGAGUACAGCUGCCUCAAAGCCAUCGCGCUCUUCUCCCCAGACGCCUGCGGGCUCACAGACCCGGUUCACGUGGAGAGCCUGCAGGAGAAGGCCCAGGUCGCUCUGACGGAGUAUGUGAGGGCUCAGUACCCGGGGCAGCCCCAGCGCUUCGGCCGGCUGCUGCUCAGGCUGCCCGCGCUCCGAGCCGUGCCCGCAUCCCUCAUCUCACAGCUCUUCUUCAUGAGGCUGGUGGGCAAGACGCCCAUCGAGACCCUGAUUCGAGACAUGCAGCUCUCUGGCAGCUCCAUCAGCUGGCCCUACGCCCCGGGGCAGUAACCUGAAGGAGGAGCUGCACCAGGGCAAUGUCAAUAUAGAUACACUUCAGCACAGCGGUGCAUUAACUACACUGCUUUUAGUUCAUAGUGGAGGAGAGUGUGUGUUAUAAAUGCAAUUCCUUGGUUUGUGUAAAUCGCAUCUUGCCCAGUUUAGCCUUCUGUCAGCUCUAAGCUGUAUCAGACAGAAAGACCACAAUCCUGACAGUAAAACCAUUUGUCUGCUACAUUCCCUAAUUGUACUUUCUGAAGCCUACCCCCCAUCAUAUGGUGUGUGUGUGUGUAUAUAUAUAUAUAUAUAUAUAUAUAUAUAUAUAUAUAUAUAUAUAUAUAUAUAUAUAACACACCUUUAAAAACAUGUUGUUAGAAACAGCUUCUUGAUUGCAUGCUUGUAUUUAAAAGUGCAAAGCUCACGCAGCUCCCCGAACAGACUUUAAUACAGCUGGAGCCAAAGGGCAACACAGAGGGAAACUUUUGGGAUUUUCAGGACACUGAUCCUGGAGGACCAGGGACAGUGGUUUGGGGCACUGUCAACUGCAAAAGAACUGCCGAUAUGAAAUUGAUACAAAACACCGGAUCUGCUAUUGUCCAAACCCACCGGGUCACACAGAUUGGACUGGGGUUUAAAAACUGUGGAAGAGGCAAGAAGUAGACAGGAGCGCCCAUAGGAGUGAUUAAAAGAACACUGGGAAUUGUUUCUGAUUUAGUUAAUGCAGUUCCCUGUUCGUUUCAUGUAAUCCAACAAAUUGUGCUAGAGCUGACCUUAAAUUUAUAACCCUCUGGUUUGCAAUGCCUUCAGCAGCCCCCGCGUCUCUAAUACUGCACUACACCCUACACUGGGCCCUGUAAACUCACCCUCACUGGUCUGCACACAGCUCGGUGGACGCGAAGGUCUUUGCAUAUUCAGGACAGGGACUUUGAUUAGCUGUUGCUUGGCUGCUUGAUUCAAAUAACGGUUGGACUGCUUUAGUAGAAAGUAAAGGGAGGAUGGACUAAUUGUCCCCUGUCCCUUCUGAGAGAGUUCAGGACUGUUUAAUACAGAGGCUGAGACUCAAGAAGAGAAGAAGUACUUGGAAUGUCAGACUGAUUUUUUCAUUUUUAUGUUUAAAUCACUUUGAAGUUAUCAGAGUUUAAAUCACCAGGUCACAAUGCAACCAUUUUAUGUGUUUAGUGCUAUGAUUGUGUCAAAUCAUUCGAUUUAAUUCUUGUUUCUUAUUCUUUUAUGUAAAUUGUGACGCAGAUUUCAGGGUCAUGGGUCAAAUACAGACCCCCCCCCCACUAAUAAUACUUAUGUCAUUAUUUUAGGUAGCAAUAUUUAGAUUGAAGGACACCAAAACACCCCCUUAGCAUCUACUGAAAAGACUCCCUCUUUAAAACUAGACAGUAGCUUUACCCACGAAAUUUGCACAGGAAUUGUGCCAUUGAUCAUGCAUCUAUCACAGUUUCCCAGUCUUUUACCAUCCUGUCCCUAUACUUUACUACACUCUGCUUUGAUUUUACUAUGGCUUACUGCACUACAGUUUGCUCAGUACUGGUGUUAAGCAAAGGGGCAUGGUGAGGUAUUGACCAAUUACAUUGUUUGCAAAAGUGACAACUAAUGAUGUAUGAUUGAAAGCAAUAAAAAAUAUUUUACAUGGAA